AAGUUCCCUCUGCCCCCUUACAACUUCUCUGUGUCUGUGUCUGGGGGUUUUCACACGGGGGGCUCAGGACUUGGUCUUGCUCUGCUCUGGGUAGCGGGGAUCCUUUCUUUCUUUCUUUCCUUCUCCAUUGUAUUUAGUGGAGCAACACUCGCGCACCCCACCAAGACAUUCAGAAUGAAGUGGGGUUGGGUGCUGUUGGGCCUGCUUAUGGCCUUCGGGCAGCUAGCUUGGGGCCAGAAGGGUUUGGACAUACCUGAGUUCGACGGACGGGACCGCGUCAUCGACCUCAACAUAAAGAACUUUAAGGCUGUGAUGAAGAAGUAUGACGUGUUCGUCAUUUACUACCACGAGCACGUUGGGAGCAGCCGUGUCGCCCAAAAGCAGUUUGAGGUCGAGGAGCUGGCCCUUGAGCUUGCAGCCCAGGUCCUGGAUGACCUAGAUGACGAAGAUAUAGGAUUCGGUGUGCUUGAUGAGAAGAAGGACAGUGCUGUUGCCAAGAAACUAGGUUUGGAUGAGGAAGACUGUGUCUAUAUCUUCGCUGAUGAUGAGGUCAUUGAGUAUGAUGGAGAGCUUGCUGCUGACACACUGGUGGAGUUCAUCUAUGAUUUGCUUGAUGACCCCGUGGAAAUCCUUGACAACAGGCACGAGCUGAAAGGUUUCUUCAACAUUGAUGAGGACAUCAAACUGGUGGGCUUCUUCAAGAAUGAGAAAUCUGACCAUUUUGAUGCCUAUGAGGAUGCAGCUGAGGAAUUCCACCCUCAUAUCAAGUUCUUCGCCACCUUUGACUCCAAGGUUGCUAAGGCCCUCGACCUCAAGCUGAAUGAAGUUGACUUCUACGAACCCUUCAUGGAUGAAUCCGUCACCAUCCCUGGAAAACCGUACUCAGAGGAUGAGCUUGUUGACUUCAUUGAGGACCAUGACAGACCAACCCUGAGGAAACUGCAACCUCACAACAUGUAUGAGAUCUGGGAGGAUGACAUGGAUGGCGAGCACAUCAUUGCAUUCGCCGAGGAGAGUGAUCCAGAUGGCUUUGAGUUCCUGGAGAUCUUGAAGGAUGUUGCUCAGGAUAACACAGACAACCCUGAUCUCAGCAUCAUCUGGAUCGACCCCGAUGACUUCCCACUGCUUGUCCCUUAUUGGGAGAAGAUUUUCGACAUUGACCUUUCUGAUCCCCAGAUUGGUGUAGUGGAUGUUGAUGACGCGGAGAGCGUGUGGUUUGAUAUGGACGAUGAGGAUGACAUGCCUACUGCCGAUGAACUGGAGGACUGGAUUGAAGAUGUGUUGGAGGGAGAAAUAGAUCCUGAUGAUGAUGAUGAUGAUGACGAUGACGACGAUGACGACGAUGACGACGAUGAUGAUGACGACGACGACGAUGAUGAUGACGAUGAUGACGAUGAUGAUGACGAUGAUGAUGAUGAUGACGAUGAUGAUGAUGAUGAUGAUGAUGACGACGAUUAUUAAAAAUGUUGCCAUCAUAUUCAACAUCACCAACCCAAUCAAAAGUUACUGAAUUCAUAUUGCUGUAUCAGUUACAAUUAACAUAUUCAGAAUCUCCUCAUCAUUUGUUGUCAUGUUGUCAGUUGAUGUAUUCAUGUGGUAUAAUUCAAUGUCCUCCCUCGUCACUAUUUUCACAAAGCAAACAGGCAAUAUCAUCCAGUAUCCAUAUUAGGAAUAAUUCAAAGUCUUUACUUCGCAAUACCUUGCCAAGUCCCCACUAAAUUUCUGCGUAACAUUAUUUUCCAUCCUUCUAAACACAAACACAUCAUUAAAUAUCAAAUAUUGCAAGAGGGAGGAGUAGCUCAGUGUUUCUUUGUCCUCUGAAAAAAUGUGUAUUAAUCUGAAUGUAUAUUUGUUUAAUUUCCUGGAUGGAUGUUUGCCCUGCCCCUCUCUGAUAGAACCUGAGAAUGCUGGUACGGACUUCCUCCAAGUCACAGACCUAGCAACUUCCUCUCUUAAAUCAUUGUGACUUUGCUUUUGAAGACAGAAAAAAAGAGAUGGCACAACCUGCUUUACUUUUUUUGAGCUAAGGUGCUGUAAAUCAUCUGAACGUUUUCUACUGAUGAAAAAAAUAAACAACAACAGUAUUCUAUUUUUUGUAAACAAAGAGAACUUACUGUGAAGUCUUAAAAUAAAUAAUAAUGUGGGAAGAGAUGAAA